UAGAAGGCACUGCUAGCGGCUGGCGGAGUUUUCAUGCAGAAAGCGCACACGCGUUUCAUCUCAGGUUUCCGAGCUAGUAGGCAUCCAGCACUGAAGCAAUAGCAGCUCCUACUUGUUUUGUACUGCUUUGUGCUCUGGAAGAAAGAGAAAGUGAUUUGAUUCUGAAUGCAGGGGGAGGAGGCGAAUACUUGAUACUGUCACUUUGGACUACAUUAUUAAACAUGCCAUUCUUUGCUAUUUGCCUCUUACUGCAGGGUAGUAUGCACCGGGUCUGCAAUUUGGCGAAAAUUAUCAUUAUGCCGAUUUAUGAGGCAAGAGAACUUUUGUGAGGUUUCAGUUUUAUAUAUUUAUUUUUGUCAUUUUUCUUUCUUCCGUUUAUAUUAAAAUAGAAGUAUAUGCCAAAACAUUGUCACUGAAAUAACUCACGUAAGGUCGGGAGCCUUUGGAUGCGUGACUUUCCUUUUAUUUCGCUACUUGGAAAUCCUGAAAAGAGUUGGAACUUGGAAGUUGGAAGCAUUAGAUCGCCUUGGCAAAAUUAUUUUGGAUUUAUCUGGCAUCAGAGAGCACUAACUUAGUUUGGGAAAAAAAGGGAAACUAAAUCACUGAAAAAUGUACAUGCUGGAAUUCGGGCUUCUUAUUUUUACAGUCUGCAUUCCAAAAUGCACUGGUUUUGAAUCGGGACAGGGUUAUUAUGAUGACUAUUCAGAGUCUGUGGAUAUAAAGGACGAGGAAAGCAGUGAACUGGAAAACAUGUUGCGGUCAGCAUCCAGUGUAGAUGACAUCAUGACAAUAUUGUAUCCAGAGUACUGGAAAAUCGUAAAAUGUUACUCACGGAAGGGGAGUCAGAUAUAUCAAAAAGAAUAUAUAAAGUAUGAUGCAGAAACUGAAGAAACAAUUAAAUAUGCAGCAGCAUUUUACAAUCCAGAGAUUUUGAAGAGUAUUGACAUAGAAUGGAGAAAGACCCAGUGUGUGCCUCGGGAAGUAUGCGUGGACGUGAGCAAAGAAUAUGGAACGACGACAAGUACAUUCUUUAAACCACCCUGUGUGACAGCAUUUAGAUGUGGAGGAUGCUGUAAUAGUGAAGGGAUACAAUGUAUGAAUGUCAGCACUUCGUACAUCAGCAAAACGUUGUUUGAGAUUACAGUACCCAUGUCUCAAGGCCCACGACCUGUGAUACCCAUGUCUCAAAGCCUUCGACCAGUGACAAUCAGUUUCGCUAAUCAUACUUCAUGUCGCUGCAUGUCAAGGCUGGAUUUAUUUAGACAAGUUCAUUCAAUUAUCAGACGGUCUUUGCCAGGGUCACAAUGUCAUGUGACAAACAGGACUUGUCCAAGCAAUUACAGCUGGAAUAAUCAGUUAUGCAGAUGUACGAUUCAACACGGCCUCAGUUUUCCAUCUCAGCAUAAGCACUCUGAUGUCACUGAAGAAAUCCACGAUAUCUGCGGACCUGGCAAAGAGCUUGAUGAAGGAACCUGCCAGUGUGUUUGUAAGGGAGAAUUGUGGCCUGGGAGUUGUGGCCCACAUAAAGAAAUGGACACAGAAACCUGUCAGUGCAGAUGCAAAAACAAACUGCUCGCCCAUUCCUGUGGAGUACACAGAGAAUUCAAUCCAGAAACAUGUCAAUGCGUUUGUGCAAGGAAAUGUCCAAAACAUCAACCACUGAAUGUUUCAAAAUGUGUUUGUGAAUGCACAGAAUCUCCAAAUAAAUGUUUCUUGAAAGGCAUGAAAUACAAUCAGCAUAACUGUAGCUGCUAUAGACCACCCUGCAUCGUUCGAACACGACGUUGUGAUCAUGGAUUUUACUUCAGUGAGGAGGUCUGUCGCUGUGUACCUACAUACUGGAGAUUACCCACCCACUAAAAACUGAAAAGACCUCUGAAAGAGUGAACAUUUUUUUUAAAGAAAAUAAUGAACUCAUGCAUUUAUUUUGUGCAUUGGAGAUACUGAGAGGAUUCUAUGGAAAAAGGAUUUUUGCAUUUCCUGAACUUGUGCAUUUAUCUGUGCAAUGAAGAUACUGCGAGGUUCCUAAGGAAGUGGAACUGGGCAUUUCCAGUUAAAAGUGGAAGGCAAAUAUUGACGUUAAAAUGGGUCUCACAUCAAAUAAAGAACUUGGCAGUGGCCAUAACAGUUUUCUGAGAAUGAAAGAACUACACAAAACAGUUUUCCACUAUGUGAUUUUUUUAAAAAAGAUGAUUACUAUAUAAUUUAUUUCCAUUAAAAUAUUGUGCAGCAUUCCUGUGUAUAGCAGUAGCAAUUGAUAAAGCUCACUGUGAUCAAUAUUUUUAUAUCAUGCAAAGUAUGUGUAAAAUA